UUGCGCCGCCGCGUCGCUGCCGCUGCCUGCUGCCGGACGACUUUUGGCCCGGCUACAUGGGUUUGUUCUGCGCCUUCUGCUCAGAUUUUUAGCGAAGUUUGUGGUUACUUAUUACAAGUGUACUCUGAAAUACUACACAGACAUGACUAAAACACUGCGUAUGAGACCGUUUGGAGACCCCUUUUAAAAUGCUGCCGGCGUACUCCGCGCAUCUGCGCUUCGUACCCUUUGUUAUAAGGUAAUGUCGACAAAAAUCGAAGAUGAAGAUUUGGAAGCCGGCGACCAAUCGGGCGAAGACGACGACGAAGAGGGACUCUCGAAGCGGCGCGGCGCUCACACUGGGAGAAGUGUGACGCUUAGCAUGCUCAUGACAGACGGAGUGCUUCAGCACGGCGAAAACGUCCUCUCCAUCGAUUACCUCGGUUCGAGAUUCACAGGCGACCUGCUGAAAGACGGCAAGAUCAAAUGGCGUGAGACCCAGGAGAUUUACUCUUCCCCAAGUUCAUGGGCAGUCCACUGCAAGAAACUGCUGAACCCGGAUAAGAAGUCUGGCUGCGGCUGGUCCACGAUUCGAUACAAGGGUAAAAAGCUGGACUGGUACAAGGCAACCUGGUUUCGGAAGCAAAGGAUAAAGAAGGAUGACAGAGAAAACCAUGUUGGGAGCAAAGCUCCACCAGGUGAAAAGACAAAAUCUGGGAUUGUCAUCAAGAAACCUCUUGCUUACCAAAACACUCCAGAGCAGACAGCGCCGAAGGAAACACUAAUUUUGAAUCAUGGUGCUCUAGGAACGCGCAACAUUGAAUGCGAUUUGAACACCCUAGUCAUCUCCACUCCAUUCAGUGUCCUGGACCGAAUUCAGCCCUUCACACUCACAAUCUCGACCAACUGCUUGCUGCUCAUUGAUUUCCAUUGUCACCUGACAGAGAGCGAAGUCGUCGGCUAUUUGGGUGGCACCUGGGACAUUGCUGCACACAAUCUUUCCAUUCUUCAAGCAUUCCCAUGCCGAGCAAGGUUGGCUGACAAAGAGGCUGCACCAGGUAUCGAAGAAGAGAUUCGGGAAUCCCUUGAACAGCGGCAUUUGACGGUGGUAGGCUGGUACCACAGUCAUCCCAGGGCACCACCUCAGCCGAGCCUGCGGGACUGCAACUGCCAGCUCGACUACCAGAUCACCAUGAAGGGAGAAAGUGACUCCUCAUAUACCCCUUGUGUUGGCCUCAUAUGCUCUCCUUAUGUAAAGGAUGAGUCCUGUGUCGAUGCUAAAUACCUCGCUUACUGGGUUAUGCCUCCACCAGAGCAUCGUCCAAAUGAGUAUGGGAAGCCAAUGCAGAUGAUGUACAAUGUGGCCCAGGAUUCCUUCCUUACACAAGACCUUCUGAUGGAAAUGCGGCUGCUUUCGGAGUACUACCGUGGCUCGCCAGACUCCUUGAACUUCUGCAAGGACUUUGAGCCCCACAGCAUCAGCUAUUGGGAGAAGCUCAAGCGGUCACUCACCUCGAAGCUUCCUCGUGACCUCCAAGUCACGAGUGGCGACUCACAAGGCCAGGCCGUCGACCACUUUUGGGAGUUUGUCAAGGGACUCAUUAUGCCAGUCUGACUUCCUGGGGAUGUUGGGGAGAAACUGUGAAAUCCCUGGACCGUCUCCCUAAACUGGGAGAUUUUGCACUCCAUACGUAAGAGAUGUUUGCCCCCACCAAGGCUGCCGUUUUGCACUUUUGGUGCCACAGCGUUGUGCAAAGUACUCUUUGUACCCCUUGUAAGUUUUGCAACUCACUUGAGUAAGCCUGUAGGAACAGUCUCUUUCGGGAAUGAGAUUUGAGUCUGAGGUUUUACUAGCAUAAAACAAAUAAAAUUCAAAUGAGCGUAAAAAUAAUUUAAAUUUUGUUGUAUUUACAAUGUCAGUAGCAUUAAGAACCGGUCAAAAGUUGUGUGUAUUCUGUCUCAUGAUACAUUGGCUACAACACCACUAUGUCUCACAGAAAUGUGCAUAGCGUGGAGAAUCCUGGCGGGCCGAAAUUUUCAAGUUUAUCUGAUUUUAUUUGUUUUAAUUUGUGUCAAGUGUUUGCUAAGCCAGUAGAGUUUUAAAGCAUUUCAUUAAGUAAAAAAUUAAAGAAAAUGGAUGCAUUCUUAAUUUAAACAUGGGCCUUAUUGUAGUGUCUUAUGCACGAAGUCAUUGCCUAGAUACGACACCCAAAAAAUCUGUGGUCAUUGUGCACGUGCAGGAACCUGGUUUUCUAAGUGCAAAGCAUCUUAGCAAGUGCCAUUCCACAGCCAGUACUAGUGACUCCGUGCAACAUCAAAAAUGUGAGUUGGUGUAUACACGUAUAUCCAAUAUCUGGCGUAGAAUGCUGUGUACUAAAGGUGUGAAAUGGCAUAGUGAAGCAAAACUGCAAACUCUCUGCUUUUCAUUCAUUUUAAAACCAUCACUUUUCAUAUAAAUAUGCUCUUCGCUUUUGACACGAGAAAGUAUGAAAUGUCUGGAAGAUAGUCACAAAUAGUUUGUAUGCUGCAUCAUAGACAGGAGACAAUGCCACAAAAGGUGGUUGCACAAGCACACAUGCACAUGCCCAGAACCCUUCCUGGAGAUGGACUGUAGUACCCAUUUUCUUGAAAUGACUGUUGCAAUUUAUUUCAAAUGUGCAACUUGAUGUAAACAAAUCGAUAUAUAUUUGAUAUCUAAUGUAACAAAAAAAUCAUGACUGUGGGAGGCAUCUGUCAGAAAAAUUUGAGUUCUUUGCGCGUGCAAGAUUGCUGCCAGUACAUUGGAACAUGCAAUGCCCUGUACUGGUGCCAUCUGCUAAGAGCCAGAAAGAUUUGUCCCCAAGAAUAGCAAACAAGUUGAGCAACAAAGCAGUAGCUGCUAUAUCUUCCGUUCUGUGCAUGGAUCCUUGUUGACAAAGCAUUCAUUAGACAUUGCUGACAAUGUAAUGGAAGGGAGCUUGAAAAAACUUCCUGCCUAACUACUUAGACUGGAUGCAAUGGAGAACGUUGCUGAUUUGCUAUCUUUGAUGAUCAUGAGCACAGAAAGUAUGGUGUCUGCUUCCCUCGAGUUCUUGAUAUUCUAGCUUUAAGGAAAAGUCUUUGUAACUGCAGUAUUCAUUCACAUACCUUUUAUGUUUUGAUCUACUGGAAUUUCAAAAUGGUUCAAUUACUCUUUCAAAUAUUUGUGUAUUGAAUGCAUACAUGGUCAUAAUUUGAUUUUCUCAUUAGGUUUGUGUUGUCUUUCAUUACCUGGCAUAAUUAGUGGUAAAUGAAUCUAUUAAAUAAAUAGACGUAUGGAGUGUAGUUUGCACAACAGCAUACUUAGGUGACAAAUUUACUAGAGUGAAAAUUUGCAUGUUAAACUUUUUGUGAAAUAUUACUUGAAGGAGCUUUUUUCUAGACUGCAAUCUGAAGGAAUAUCAACCUACAAAGCAAACUACAAACAAAACAAACUGCAAUGGUAUAUGUUUUAAUAUAUUUGGUUGUUGCCCAAAAUGCUGAGAAGUGCUCUUGAAAUUGUUUUUCUGGAGUUUGCUUGAUACUAGGGGGCACAUAAUUAGAGGAUGCCAGAUGCACCGACAUUUUUUAAAUGAGAAAUCUGUUCCCAUUUAUAUUUUUCUUAGCCACUCAUGUACAUCUUUUGAUAAAAGUAAGACAGAUCCACUGUAAAAUUAUAGUAUGCUGUUGUAGGCUCACAAGUCAUUCAAAUGAACAUUUAACUACCCAUCAAGAUAACACAUUUUACAUGUCUAUCCUGGUAAAAACAUGAUUAGCCUUUACAUUACAUUUUCUAGGCAAUGGAGCAUGAUAUGCUCAAGACAACACUUGCAAAUUGCACCUUUUUUUCUUUUUUCAGGAGAACAUUUUUAUUAUUUGCAGUUGUGAGAUGUUAAAAGAUGGGACAUUUAUUUACAAGACUAAUUAGAAAAAUAUAGGCAUUUGGCUACAGAAAUAGGCAUAGAAAAGUAUCCACUAAAUAAUUAACAAAACUAAGCAAAAAAUUUAGGCAUUUGGCUACAGAAAUGGGUGCAGAAAAGUAGCCACCAACAUUGAUCAAAACAACCUUUGAGCAUGGUAUACUCUAGGUAUCUACCACACAAUGGUUUCAUGUCAUGCAAAAAUACUUCUGCUUCAUUGAUUGUGGCAGAAAAGUGCUGCCUCUUAGCCCCCAACUUUGGACUGUAAGAUGGUAAUUCACUGCAUGACUAGAAAACUGAACCCCCAUUUUGCCUAUCAUUCUAAUGCUGGUCACAUAAUGAAUAGGGCUAAUUAUUGCUCGCUUAGAACUUUCACCAAUGUCGACUGUCAUCUUUUGCAGUUUUGCACCACAAGCAUCUUGAUUUAUGAUAUUGUUUCUUAGAUCUAUGGAGUGUUGCUUUUAAUGUGGAAUCUCAGUUAUUCAAAUGUGGAGGGCAUUGAGAAAGAGCUCAUAUCAAGGACAGUCCAGGAAAAUAAAAUGUAUAAUGCCUCUGUCCUUGACGAGAGACUGACAUUGUGUCAAAAUAUCCAGAUGUUCACACAAAGCUCGCUGGAGUAUCUGAAAUUCCAAAUGAUUUUAGUGUUUGAACUCAUGUUUGCAGGGUUUUCUUAAUUGCUUUUUCUUAUCAUAUGCCAGAUUAUGGUAUAGGCUUAUUGCCCACAUCAUAUAACUUCUUUAAUUCUCACUGUCCAAUAUGUCUUGCACAUAGUAGUUAAUUUUGAUACAACUCGUGGUUUUAUUGCUAGGCAUUUGAUAAAAUUGAGGCCUUUUUGUUGAAUAAUUUUAAUGUUGGAAGUGCCUGGCUACGUCUUGUAGUCAGUCUUUUUUUUAUAAUUCAAGAUGUUGAUUUGGGGGAGAAGUUUUGAAUGUUAUAGUAACAUUGAUUUUUAUUCAAAUAAACAAGCUGGUUUUAAGAUUCAUGUCAACCAAUUAAAUUAAAUUAAAAUUAUUUCUUGAAUAUGAAAUACUCAGUACUUUCUCUUGCACAAUCCUUUACCAGCCUAUUUGGUACCAGUGUCUCUGUGUGCUUUUCAAAAUGUAGUUUGACUGCUGUAUUAAAGAGUACAUUUUUGACAUA